GGCAUUUCAUUCAUUGAUCGCCCCACUAGCGCGCCGCACGCUCAGCGCAGCGGACAAGUCCGACUUCCAUCGCCGCCCACUCGCUCCAAAACCGCUGGCCGGGCCAUAACGGAGUCAAAGCCAAGUGGCUCAGCUGAUUCGGCUGGCAUCCCAGCCUAUCAAUCCCAUCCCAACCAUCCCAUUCCAAGCGCACAGUCGACAUUGACGAUCCGCGGUACGAGAUACUCGUAUAUCUGUUCAGUGCAAAGCGGACAAGCGCAGCAGGCGGACGCAGCGCAGCAUUUUCUCCGUGUAUUUUCGUACGCCAACUCGGGAUAUUGGAUAUACACAGAUAUCGAGAUACAGAUACACAGAUAUAUAUAUAUAUAUAUGCACAGCCGAGCGACGCGUUCUCAUAGAUAUUUUUAGCAGCCGGCCUCACGCAUACCGCCGCAGUUUAGUCCCGCCGCACUGACACACGCGGCUUGCACGUUUCGGAAAAUCCAUUCUUCGAGGCUUUUCCUGCUAACACAAAACACACCAAGAGAAACACGCUAAAAAAAAGAAACGUUCUUAUCAAUACGCCGCACCGAAAUAACUUAAACCCAAAACAAGUUCUUCUGUUUUGAGGAAAUAAAACUGAAAACCCCUUUUUUGUUGUGUUAAUAUGCCAAAUUUAUGCAUGAGCUAAUAACUUUAAUUCCGAUAAAAAAAACAGCCCAAGCAAAACAAAAUAACAAGAAAGAUCGCAUAUCAAAAUUAGUUGGGUGACUAAUUAGUCGGAAUUUCAAUUUGCAUUAUUUUGCGCAACUUUAAUGAACCAAAAAUUUAAAUAAAAACAUCAACAAAUCUUAAUCAGAGUGCAUAGCUAAAUUCAAAUCAUCUCGAACCUCUAGCCCAGACACUGUUGGAUUUAUGAAAUCAAAAAGAUGAAGUCCAACACGUACGAGCUGCACAACUACGCCGUUCUGAACGACAUGGCGGAGAUGGAGGACCCGAAGGACUCCCGGAAGAGAAAGGCGGCCAGUGGGCGUGGCGAGAAGUAUUCGCUGCGACAGAAGCGCCAGAGGAGGAGUCCCACCGAGGAACUGGAGUCCUCCAGCCUGCCCGACAUUCAACUGGACUUGGAUCCGAUUGUGGAGCCGGCCAGUAAGUCAAGGAAAACCACAACCACCAAGUCCAAGACGAAAGCACCGCCCUUGAGCAAAUACCGGCGGAAAACGGCCAAUGCCAGGGAGCGCACACGGAUGCGGGAGAUCAACACCGCCUUCGAAACUUUGAGACACUGUGUGCCCCAGGCGAUAACCGGCGAGGAUGCGGCCAAUACCAACGAGAAGCUGACCAAGAUCACCACCCUGAGACUGGCCAUGAAGUACAUCACCAUGCUGAGCGACUCCAUGCGGGAUCCCAGCUACGAGAGUGAGUUCAUAGAAGAGUGCCUGGAGGAGAGUGCCAAUCGGGAGGCGAGAGUGGACGAGGAAGCCGAGGUGGAGGUGGAAACGGAGAUGGAGAUGGAGCUGGAGCUGCCCGUUCCGGUUGUGAAAAAGGCGGCCAAGACCAAGGGAAGCGGCAAGAAGAGCUCGGCAGCCGGCCAAAAAAGACAGAGCCAAAAGCAGCAGGCCAAGACAGUGCCCCCAGUGGCAGCCAUGAGUUCCGGCGAGUCCUGCUAUGCCACCUCAUCCAUAGGAUCGCCUGCCUCCUCCGCCUAUGCCUCGUUGUCGUCGUCGUCGAACAGCCACAGCAGCAGUAGCAGUCCGGGAUUGGAGGUGGACAGUUUGGUGGGACUGCGUGGACUGACUGCCCUGGACUCGCUGCUCCUGGAUGCCUCCGACGGCGAUUCGCUCACCUGUUUGAGUCCCGAGUACGAGAGUCUGCUCACUAGCAGCGGGGAGUCCCUGUUGCCCGGCUGUCGUGGCGACCUACCCAUGUCCGGACUGGAAAAACCGGACGUGGAGCUCAGUCUGCGACUGCUGGAUCAGCGAUCCACGGACUCCUUCGACUUCGACAGCUAUCAGCAGCCCUCGGUCCUAAUCAGUUCGUUUUCCGGUCUGGAUGGCUACGCCUUUGACCUGCUGAGCACCGAUUUCCCCGACAUGUUUCUCACGUGACGUGACCACUACUCCGCUUAAGUCUAACCCUCGUUUUAAGUUAGCGUGCGAGUCAUAGCCAGACUUUCACACUUAGCCAUUAAAUGCGAUGCGCCCCUGUGGCGGAAUUCAUUGUGUCAUAGCCAGCAACUUAAGGAUAUAUCCACAUCCUGCGAGAACGAAAGCUGCUCACCGCCACAUCCACAUGAUAACUCAACUCAACUCAACUCAACUCAACUCAACACAACUCAACUAGUGAUCUAAGCAUUUCUUUGUGACGCAUUUCUCGUUAUCGUGUAAAUAAAGCACCCAGUGUUGUUUCAAGACUCGUAAA